AUGACUCUCUCCCGCUCUCCUGUUCCUCCCGAUAUCAUCCUCGACAUUCUCAUUAAGCUUCCUGUCAAGUCCUUAGUCCGUUUCCGCUGCGUUUCCAAACUCUGCGCCUCCAUGAUCACUGCUCAAUCUUUCGCCAAACACCAUUUCAUUCUUGCUCCGAAGAAACCGCCUGCUCUCCUGAUCAUUUGCGCCACCAGACUCCCGCUAAUCCAAGCGCAUUCCUUCUUCUCCGCCGACAUCAAUGGCGGACAAGCCAUUCGACGUAUGAUAGUGCCGCCUCGAUUAUCACGUUACACAACUCAUUCAGUAAACGGCAUUGUCUGUAUGGAUUUCGGACUUUCGGCCACCAUCUGCAACCCCAGCACCAGGGAGUCCAUUGCUCUCCCUUUGGUUUGCCCUCUCAAAUCCCCUCUCGCCUCCUCUACUUACUUCUGCGUCAACUCAUUCGGAUUUGACCCCGUUGAGAAGCUCUACAAAGUUUUGAAUUCCUGGAUUGUUGCAGGAGAAGCUUCAAAUUACAGAGUUCCAAAUUUUGUCCGGUACUGUGUGUUCACCCUGGGGAGUUCUUCUAUAUCAUGGAGGGUAAUUCCCGGUGGACCUCCUUAUUAUCCACAACGCGAGAGUGUUUGCAUCAAUGGCGUGAUAUAUUUCAGGAGUUGGGUAACAGUGAGCAGGACAAGUGAUCGAGUUGUUCUGGUUGGAUUCAAUCUCCAUAACGAGACAUUCGAGGUGACGCAACUCCCCGAAGGCGCGGGAAAAUUAGCAGAUUCAUCAUCCCUAUUAAAAUUUUGUGGGACUUUGGGGAUUGUUGAUUCCCGAAUUGGCUACGACAAUAAGGUGAGUGUUUGGUUAUUUCAACACGAUUCCCCUGAUAAAUUCUGGGUAAAACACAGUAUAAUUUUCCCUCCUUACUUGAGAAAAAUAGGAGGAGAACAGGAUUAUGUUGUUGUGGGUACGAUUCAUACGGGAGAGGUCAUACUGGUGCCUAGUGUUUUAUCAAAGCAUUUCUACGUGUUUUAUUACAAUAAUGAGAAACAGAAGCUGAGGAGGGUUAGAAUACAGGGGUUGCCUGAAUAUAAACCUCUUGAUUUCUUUUGUAAUGGUGUUACAGUUACCAGUUAUGAAGAAAAUGUUGUGUCCUUUUCGUAA